GUUUUCGUUUCGGCGUCGGUUCGCGAAUCACUAUUAUAAUUGCUCACUGCUCAGAAGUCACAAACUAAGAACUCAAAACUUUAGAACUUCAGAAGUGCUUACUACGUCUGCUUAAUACUACUGGUCACGGCUUACCAGCCUUACCAUUCUUUCGGAAAACGAUUUUUGUUUCGUAAGUAAAUUUUAUAUUUAUUAUUUGACGAAAAUACGCGACCAUUUCUAAAAGCAAACGCCAUGUCUGACAUAAGCUCGUACAGAGACCAACAUUUUAAAGGCUCUCGUGGUGAGCUGGACAAAAUGUUGCGUUCGUCGACGACCAUGUACAUUGGAAACUUAGCGUUUUAUACGACGGAGGGACAGAUAUAUGAGCUGUUCUCGAAGUGUGGUGAUAUUAAGCGCAUCGUCAUGGGCCUGGAUAAAUUCAAGAAGACUCCCUGUGGCUUUUGCUUCAUUGAGUACUAUACAAGAGAAGAUGCUGAAAAUUGUAUGCGUUUCGUCAAUGGCACCCGACUGGACGACCGCAUCAUAAGAACAGACUGGGACGCCGGAUUUGUGGAAGGCAGACAAUACGGCCGUGGAAAAACAGGUGGCCAAGUGCGGGACGAGUAUAGGACUGAUUAUGACAUUGGCCGAGGUGGAUAUGGCAAAAACGCUCAACCCAAAGCGGACAUGAUAAUAUUCGGCAGAAACAAAGACGCCCUUCCAAUGGAAUGAUGCACAAUUUUAGCGCAAUUUGCCACCAAUACAUUUAAAUAUAUAUAAUUUUUUUUUUUUCUAUCACGUGUAAAUUACAUACCACUUGAUUUUGUAAAUAAAUAAAUAUUUUAUAUGU